GCGGAGCGCUGACAGCGCGGGGCGGGCCGCGAUCGGCGCUAAAAUGGCGGCGUAACCGCAGCGCUCCGCCCGGCCCCGCCAUGAAGCUCAUCAUCCAGGAGACGUACGCUCAGGCGAGCGAGUGGGCGGCCAAGUACAUCCGUAACCGCAUCGUACACUUCGCGCCCGGCCCCGGCCGCUUCUUCACGCUGGGGCUGCCCACAGGCAGCACACCGCUGGGCUGCUACAGAAAGCUGGUGGAGUACUACCGAAAUGGGGACCUGUCCUUUAAGUACGUGAAAACCUUCAACAUGGAUGAGUACGUAGGUCUCCCAAGGGACCAUCCGGAAAGUUACCACUCCUUCAUGUGGAACAACUUCUUCAAGCAUGUCGAUAUCUCAGCAGAAAACGUUCACAUUUUGGAUGGAAAUGCAGCUGAUCUCCAGGCAGAGUGUGAUGCAUUUGAGGAUAAAAUCAAAGCAGCUGGAGGAAUUGAACUCUUUGUUGGAGGUAUUGGCCCUGAUGGUCACAUUGCCUUCAAUGAGCCUGGAUCAAGUUUGGUGUCUAGGACGCGAGUGAAGACCUUGGCUAUGGACACUAUACUGGCUAAUGCCAGGUUUUUUGAUGGUGACCUCUCCAAAGUCCCCACGAUGGCUUUGACAGUUGGCGUAGGCACUGUCAUGGAUGCCAGAGAGGUGAUGAUUCUCAUCACGGGAGCUCACAAAGCCUUUGCUUUAUACAAAGCUAUUGAGGAAGGUGUCAAUCAUAUGUGGACAGUAUCUGCUUUCCAGCAGCACCCCAAGACCGUGUUUGUCUGUGAUGAAGAUGCUACGUUAGAACUAAGAGUCAAAACUGUGAAGUACUUUAAAGGUUUAAUGCUGGUUCAUAACAAGCUCGUGGAACCCUUAUACAGCAUGAAGGAGACAGAAGCAGAAAGAAGCCAGUCUAAGAAGCCUUACAGUGAUUAAUCUCUCACUGUCUAGAGUAACACUGAGCCAUCUUUUUAUAUUAAAAACGAGCUGCAAAGAAAGGGAAUUCCUGCAGAAAUUCAUCUUGUCUUUGUUCUUAAAUUAACAAACGCCUGCUUUAAUUAACCAAACGAGGAUGUGAUCCACUGUGCUGUGUUCCACAAAUCUCUUCCAACGUCUUCUCUGAAGGUAAAACCAGUAGAGAAUUAGUUCUUUAAGCAAAGAAGCAAUUAUAAUUGUAUGGACUGAAGGCACCAAAACAAAUGUGAAAACACAACGGGUGAUCACUUUGGAAUGCAUUCUCUGCAAUUCUGUCAAACACAUCUGUGUAUCACUGCCCCUCUGGAAAAUACUCCAAAGUUGUACUGACAUAAAAUGGGAAUGGCUCUUGUUCAGCACAGAGAAGGGGAAGUGUCAGCACAACUUAACAGUAGCCUGCUUCAUAACUAUGAGUAAGCCAUCUAGAAAUAGAAACAAAGCGCUCCACUGCAGUGUGCAGGGAGGAGAGAUAAGGGACAGUGGGGCACAAACUGAAGCAAGACGUUCACCUUGGGUAUAAUGAAGAAGUUUCCCUUUGAGGACAGUCCAGGCAGAGGAGACAGUUAGACGGAGGUGUGCAGUCUGGAUCUGAUAGAGGCUUUCAGGACCAAACUGCAUACAGCCCUGGCUGAACCCGGCGUGGAGCCAGAUGUAAGAAGAUCCCAGCAGAAGGCAUGCCUCAAGCAGCAAUUCCCAUUGCUGCAGUGCCAUUAAUGCAGGUGAAUGGUUGGCUCAGAAAAUCAGAUUCAUUUGUUGCUACAUUUCUAAAAGAGGCCUUAUAUGUUCAGUUACGAGGUAUAACUGUAUAUGCAGUGGUGCUUUAUGAUCUAUGGCAGGGUAGAUUUCUUCACAUCAAGCAUAAAUUACUUCUGUUUGCGCUCCUCAAUGCUCUGCCACUUGUGUUGGGGCAGAGCCUGAAGCAGCACGUUCUCUCUCUCCAUUUCCUGUGCUUCCAGGAAAUGUCAGAUAAUCCUCAAAGGAAACAUAGUUCACUGAGCUCAGCAUGUGCUUAAUUACAAAGCCCCAUAGAGGCGGGCACUUGGUCCUUCUAUGGUAAGAUCAAUGCAAGCCAAACUGGGAAGUAUGUGUUGUCUUUGUCCAAGAACUUUGUGAGCCAUUAAUCUGUAACUUUCUACAGUAAAAGUGUUAUUUUUCUCUAUCA